AUUUGUUAGUUACGAGUACAAGAAUGAUAGUAAACUAUGAUAUCAUUAUAGUAAAAUUUUUAUUUAGAUUUGUAAUGUAUUAAAUUUCACGGGGCGUUUAUAUUAGCUUUCAAAAGUAGAGUAGUGUAUUAAUAAUUUGACCAGCAAGUCAGUCGACAGUACAUAUUGUUUAAACCAUGUAUAAAAUACUUAUUUUAAUACUAUCAGUAGUUAUUGAAAAUGCAAAAUGUUUUGAAUCUACGUGUAAAGAUAUUGAAAGUAAGUCAGUGGACUUAAGAUUAAGAAGACAUUUGUUUUGCGAUUAUGAUCCGACUCUACGGCCUCAAAUCAGUGCACACAGCGUUUUGAAUAUCGAUGUUAAUCUUAUUCCAAAAUUUAUUGAAUUUGAUGAUGUCACAAGUAGUAUUAAUUUUCAUUCAUGGCUAAUGCUAACUUGGGAUGACGUUCACUUGAAUUGGAAUCCAGACGAGUUUGAUGGUAUUACUCUUCACCAUGUAAAAAGUACCGAUAUUUGGGUUCCUGAUUUCACCGUUUUCAAUUCAGGAGAUUUGGGUCUAGAUCAAAGUAGUAUGCCGUUGACUGACUGCAUUUUGUCUCAAAACGGUACAAUUCAAUGUGUAGUUUCAAGAGUCUUCACAUCUCAUUGUCCUGCUGAUUUUUCUGAUUGGCCUUAUGAUAAUCAUAAUUGUACUUUACACUUUGGAUCUUGGUUAUACUUCACUGAUGAACUUAAUUAUUACUUCACUAAAGAUUCGAUUGUAAUGGAUGAAUUUGUGCGGAAUAAUGAGUGGGAAGUAAAAUUAGGUAACAUCUCUAAAUCAUUGGAAUUAUAUGGGUCCAAUGUUGAUUCAAUGAUAUUUUUAAAUAUUGAAAUUCAGAGGAAUUCAUCCAGAGGAAUUUUAAUUUAUAUAACACCAGCAAUUAUUUUAACAAUUUUAACUUUGACAGCUUUAUAUCUUGAUGUUUGUUCGAUAGAACGAACUAUUUUGAUGAGUACCAAUUUUAUCAGUCAUCUAUUUUGUAUUUUUGACUUACAUUGGUACAUACCAACAAAUAACGCUAUUGGAUCACCAAAAAUAGUUAUUUUUUAUGAAGCAUCCUUGAUAAUCACUGCAUUCACAUUCAUUCUAACUAUUUUAUUGCGUAAAAUUUAUACAGUCACAAUUCCGGCGCCCCAAUUAAUUUUUUGUACCGUUGAAUUCAUUUAUAAUUGUCCAAUAGUUAAAUAUUUGAAAGCUAAAACUCCAGACAAAUCAGAAGAAAAUAACUUAAAUGACACUGAUAAUCAAAAUGAACAAAUGAAAAAUAAAAAUACUUUGUGGAUGGAAUGCGUAAAUUUAAUAGAAUGGCUAGCUUUGGUUUCUGUAAUUAUAACAUAUGGUAUUUUAUUCAUCGUUCUCACUCCUGCUUCGCCACGCAAUCAAAUUGAACAUUAUAUAUUUUAAAAACAUUUUUGUAAUUAAAUGUAUGCUUUUUGUAAAUUUAUUUUUGAGUAUUUAUUUUAUAAGUUAAUUUCAUAUAAAUGUACUUCAAUCAUUUUAUCUGUAAUAACUGAUGUUCUAGAAUGAUUUAUAAAUAAAAUUAAUUAAUAACAAUAUAAAUU